AUGACUUUUCUGGAUCAGAACAAAGAUGAUGUGCUCUUAGUUGGCAAUGACAAAGAAAAGAUACACACCCUUAAGGCCUUCCUUGAUGAUAAAUUUGGAAUCAAAGAUUUGGGGUCCAUUAAAUUCUUUCUUGGCAUUGAGGUCGCUCGAACCCCUCAUGGACUGGUUUUAAGCCAACGUAAAUAUGCACUUGACAUAUUAGCUGAGAGUGGAUUAGAAGGAUGUCGCCCAAGUGCGUUCCCCAUUGAGCAAAAUCAUAAACUACGUGCUGACUCUGAUGGGGCUCUUGUUGAUGCCUCUCGGUAUCGUCGCUUGGUUGGACGCCUAUUGUAUCUUACAGUAACAAGACCAGACAUCACUUAUGCAGUUAAUAUUCUUAGCCAGUUUGUUAGUACCCCACGGCAAGAGCACAUGGAUGCUGCUUAUCGGUUGCUACGUUAUCUAAAAAAUGUUCCGGGUCAAGGAAUCUUGCUAUCUAACUCAACCGGAUUAGAUCUUUUAGCGUAUUGCGAUGCAGAUUGGGGUGGUUGUUUAACUACUCGUCGCUCAUGCACUGGAUAUUAUAUCACUUUGGGUGGCUCACCAAUCUCAUGGCGUACCAAACGCCAAUCUGUUGUUUCUCGUUCCUCAGCUGAGGCUGAAUAUCGCGCUAUGGCCGUCACUGUAAUUGGAUGGUACUCUAAUGAAUUUUCUAAUGACUUCGACGAGGAGCUUGAGUUGUUUGGUGCCCAACGAUCAACUGUGCCACUUAAGUGCAGCUGUGUUGCUCCUCCAUCUUGA